AUGACCGGAACGGUGAUCCUGAGCUGCGCGGUGCUCCUCCUGCUGGCCACCGCCGGCGGAGCCAACGGCCAGAAGCAGUACUCCAAGGCGCGGAAGCUGGAGCUGCGGGAGGACGUGCGCCGCAUGUUCCAGCACGCCUACGAGGGCUACCUGCGCCACGCCUCCAACUACGACGAGCUGCGCCCGCUGACCUGCGACGGCCACGACACCUGGGGCAGCUACUCCCUGACGCUGAUCGACGCCCUCGACACGCUGGCCGCCAUGGGCAACUUCACGGAGUUCCGCCGCGUGGCCCGGCUGCUCGAGGAGAAGAUGAACUUCGACCGGGACAUCAACGUGUCCGUGUUCGAGACGAACAUCCGCAUCGUGGGCGGUCUGCUGUCCGCCCACCUGCUCUCCAAGCGGGCCGGCCUGGCGGUGGAGCAGGGCUGGCCCUGCCGGGGUCCGCUGCUGCGGCUGGCGGAGGACGUGGCCCGCCGCCUGCUGCCCGCCUUCGACACGAGCACGGGCAUGCCCUACGGCACGGUGAACCUCCGCUACGGCGUGCCCAAGGGCGAGACCUCGGUGACCUGCACGGCCGGCGUGGGCACCUUCCUCGUCGAGUUCGGCACGCUGAGCCGCCUGACCGGGAACAGCAUCUACGAGGAGGUGGCCCUGCAGGCGGUCCACGCCCUGUGGGCCCACCGCUCGCCCAUCGGGCUCUUCGGCAACCACAUCGACGUGCAGAGCGGCCGCUGGACGGCGCUGGACUCGGGCAUCGGGGCGGGCGUGGACUCCCUGUUCGAGUACCUGGUCAAGGCGGCCGUGCUCCUCAACCGGCCGGAGCUGCUGGACUUGUUCCACGAGGCCCGCGCGGCCAUCGACAAGUACAUGCGCAAAGAGGACUGGUACGUGUGGGUGGGCAUGAACAAGGGCCACGUCACCCUGCCCGUCUUCCAGUCCCUGGAGGCCUUCUGGCCCGGCAUCCUCAGCAUAAUCGGGGACACGGAGCCGGCGGUGCGCACCAUCUCGCGAUACAUCGGGGUGUGGAAGAAGUACGGCUUCCUGCCGGAGUUCUACAACAUUGCUGCGGGCGAGGCGUCGCCCAAUCGCGAGGUGUAUCCCCUGCGCCCGGAGCUCAUCGAGUCGGCCAUGUAUCUCUACCGGGCCACGGGCAACGAGUACCUGCUGGAGCUGGGCGAGCACAUGCUGGAGACGCUGGAGUUCAGCGCCAAGACCAAGUGCGGCUAUGCAACGAUCCGCAACGUUGUCACCCACGAGAAGGAGAACCGCAUGGAGUCGUUCUUCCUGGCGGAGACCAGCAAGUACCUGUACCUCCUGUUCGACGAGGACAACUUCCUGCACAACGACGGCUCCGGCGGGGAGCUGCAGUCCACCGAGGACGACGUGUGCGUCGUGCAGGCGGGCGCCUAUGUCUUCAACACGGAGGCCCAUCCCAUGGACAUGUCGGCCCUCCACUGCUGCCACGCCCACCACGAGGACAUAUACGCCUCGCUGGACCUGCAGCGCUUCACUCCGCGGGCGAUCUUCGAGCGGAGCAGGGAGCGGCAGGUGGCGGCGCAGGAGCAGUGGGUGCCGCAGUGCCAGCCGGAGAGCCACGAGCACUUCUACAAGGAGCAGGAGAGUGUCCAGGGGCAGGAGGCUGGCCGGGAGCAGGGCGCCAGCACCACCAUGGCCGUGGACAUCGAGGUGUUCGAUGAGUUCCAGCAGCCCGCCGGCGACCUGCUGGUGAGCAACUUCGAGCGGAUUCGCGAGGAGCGGGAGCUCAACGAGAGCCUGCAGAGGAGCGAGGUGCCGCGCAACCAGUUGACCGUCAGCGACCUGGACGAGUUCUUCGCCCAGCGACGGGAGAACUUCGGCAGCGCCGCCGAGGCCCUCAACUACGUGCUCGCCUUCAUGGGCAACUACACCAUGGACGUGGCCUUCAUCCGGGGCCUGCAGCUGUACAAUGCCAACAUCAGCGGAGUGCUGGGCACAGGCGCGCAGAAGGAGUACGAGUCGCGCAUGCGGUCCCUCUGGCAGCUGUACGAGCUGGAGCAGCAGUACGCGGCCAACAUCCGGCUGAUCCAGGGCCUGGGCCUGCUGGCCAUCCAGGCGGACAGCGAGCGGAUGCGCGGCUACUUGGCCGAGGUGCUGGACAGCCUGGACAGGCCGGAUCUGCAAUCUCCGGCCAAUGCCUCCUCCUCGUCCCAGUUGGGUGGCAUAAGGGAAGUUAUCCUGAGGGCGCGCCAUGCCUAUGCCAUGGCCAUGGUGAACACCACGGCCAUGCAGGAGUUCGCCAUCCGCAUCUACCUCAGCGGCACCUCGGAGGCCGGGGUGCGCAUUCACCCGCUGCUGGAGCCCGAAGAACUGAUUCGCGAGGAGCGGCUGAGGCCACUGAAGGCGGCCGAGGAGCGGAGCCUCUUCAGCUACGCCCGCCGCAUAGUGGACUUUCGCAAGCGGAUGGCGGAGACGGUGGACCGCCUGCAGACGCUCAUGCAGGACGUACCCGCGGCCAAGAGUAAAGAGGCCGCUGAGUCGGAUUCUCGGGUUGCAGAGGGCGGAGCGGAUGCGUCCACGGUCUACGCUCAAACCGAGGCCAAAGAGGCGGCGAAGGCACAGCAGCAGCAGCAGCAGCAGGAUCAGAAGUUGCAGAAGGAGAAGCUGGCGGAGGAGGGCUCCGGCUCCGGGCAAGAGGAGUCCGGCUCCGUGUGGUCGCAGUUCGUGCAGACCAUUCUGCGCAAGACGACCGUGCAGCGGGUCAAGUUCGACGAGGCCGUUCUGCUGGAGAAGACGCGCAAGGCGCUGGAGAAGCACGCCCACAAGGAGCUGCCCCACCACCUGUUCGCCUGCCACCGGCCGGAGUACAUCGAGGGCUUCGCUUACCGGGACUUCUAUCCGGAGGCGCUCUAGUUCCCCAACUAAACUCGACUGAUCUGUAGAUAUAUAUGUAUAGUUAGUGAAGGGGUAUUCGCUCUGUGAGGGUUAAUAUAGUUAAUUCUCAAGGAGCACUCAUUGGUUUUGGAGCAUGCAAAUAUACCUCAACCUCGCUAGAGAACUGUCAUCUCAUAGGGUUCCCUAGAAUGUUACCGAUCAUUAUAGUUUUAGUACUGGACAUAGUAUUUAGUUUUUCGACAUGCUUUUAUUGUUGUUACGCAAAUAUACUCAGUUCAAUGUGAAAUCCAACUGAGAACUGGUGCCACGAUUCUUUAUAUUUAAAAAACAAGUUAAAAAAGAUAAGCAAAGACAAAUGUAGCGGGAAAUAAUGGUUUUAAAGGUGUAAUUGAUUAGAUUUUAAAUCGUCAAGUCAAGUUGGAUUUACAACCUUAAUCCUUAAACCCUAUUUUAAAGACCAAGUGCGAAUACCCCUUCAGCGUGCCGAACGUCAAGUGGCUCCACUUGCUCCGGCAAUUAAUUUAUUAAUAUAUACUUAGAUCCCCAAUUUUUUUCGUGGUUCACCCAAGACAUUACCAAGGCUUAUACAUAUUUAUAUCUAUAAUAAUCCCAUUUGGGAUCCGUGUGUCUGCGUGUGCGUGUAAACUAUUUGCAAUGACUGUUGUUGGCUGUAUUGUAAUUAAAUUGAUUUAUUUCCGUA